AUGGCUCCCUUUGGCAAGAUCUACUCAUACCCCGGCAGCUGGCGCGUUGAGCGUGCCCAAGUCGCGGCCGCCUUCAACGGCCUCGAGGUUGUCUAUGCCGAGAACUUUACCAUGCAGGAGGACAACAAGACGCCCGAGUUCCUUGCCAAGUUCCCGCUGGGCAAGGUUCCCGCCUUUGAGAGCGCCACUGGCUUCUGUGUGGCCGAGUCCUCCGCCAUUGCCCGCUACGUUGCUGGCAGCGGACCUCUGGCGUCGCAGCUGCUGGGCACCGACCCCGAGACGCGCGCCAAGAUCGACGAGUGGUCCUUCUUCACCGAGGGCGAGCUCACCAACCACACCAACCCGGUUGCCUACAUGACGCACUACAAGUUCAUGCCCCUCGACCAGGCGGUCGUCGACCGCAGCACUGCCAACUUCCAGCGCGCCCUUGCCGUCGUAGAGGCCCAGCUGCAGGGUGGCAAGAAGACUCUCGUCGGCGACAAGAUCACCUUUGCCGACAUCACGGUGGCCCUGGCCCUUGUCUUCUCGCUCGGCGCGGUGUUCGGGGAGGAUAUCCUCAAGACUGCGCCCAGUACAGUCGCCUGGCUCAAGGAGCUGUCGGAAAUGCCCGAGUUCAAGGCCGUGUCCAACUGGGGCAAGCUGAAGGCGUAA